GCCAGGAGUGCCUUUGGAGCUUCUAAAUCGAGGGAAGAGCCUUCUGAUUUCACAUUUUUUUUUUCAUUGUUCACUGCGGCUAUCUGGGGGUCCUAACGGUCUCCUGAGUGUAGUAGGCGCCUUCGGCAGCUGCCUGUGCCCACUUCCGCCACUACAAGGUUCAGAAUCGCCUUUUUCUCGCCGCCAGGCCCGGCGGAGCCCUGCGUCCGGCUCAGCCACACUUCCGCGGCGGGGGCCGUCGCGGUGCAUUGUGGGCGCCGUAGUUUGCGCCGCGUUUAUGGUUGCGUGGAGCUGGAGUGCUGUGGUGAGUUGUUGAACGAAAUUCGUGGACUGGGAUAUAACAGGCUCCAGAAGAUUCCUGCUCUGUCCUCCGGUUCUGAAGCUUGCGACCGAAGUUGGAUGUCCCCAGAUCGUUGUAUAAUGAAGAGAGUUCAACCAGACUUAGUUGGUUUUAACUAGCCCCCAAAAUCAGAACCCUGAUUUGCCUGUGAGAAGCUGAAAAUCAUAUUUUAGAAAGUUGCGCUUCGAUUCUCCACACUCCUUCACCCCCAAUCCCAUAAUAUGCCGUAGAAGUUGGGGCUUUUUGAACAUCUCGCAAUCUGGUGCUGAUUUCACUGCACAAUGACUUUCUAUUUCACUGGUGUUCGAAGCUUUCCUAAGCUUUGGAAGAGUAACCCAUAUCUUGGGCUAGGCCAGGGACACUCUUAUGUCUCCCUGUUUCUCAAAGACUAUGAUGGCAUCAGGAACCAACAGAAGUGGUUUUCUCUUAAAACGAUGUCCCCACAAAAUACCAAAGGAAUGAAUCUGUUGAUUGCCAAGGUCGGAUAUGUCAGGAAGGGAAAUGAGGGGAAUAAUAAACAAGUUUCUUCUGAGUCUCCUCACAUGUUUGCAGCUGGAGCAGCUAAGAAGCGAUCACAGAUGAAUCCUUCAAGUAAAGGUCAUGACUUGCGACCUGUGGGGAACAUUAUUCAACUCCCAACAAAACCUUUGACUUCAGAGGAGUGGGAUAAACUUAAGGAAGAUUUCAAAGAAAAGGCUAAUUUUGAAAAUUGGAUCAUUUCACAAAUGGUUAAAUGCCAUAGCUCUGUUGAUGUGGCCAAAUCUGUGCUGGCCUGGGUAGCUGCAAAAAACAGUGGUAUUGUAGGCUAUGAUUUGCUUGUCAAGUAUUUGUCUCUCUGUGUUUUUCAUAAACAGACAUCAGAAAUUAUUGAUGUCUAUGAAAUCAUGAAAACCAGAUACAAGCGCUUAGAACCUGCAGGGAGCACUCUUCUCAUCCGGGGAUUAAGCCAUACAGACAGAUGGAGAGAGGCCUUGCUACUGUUGGAAGACAUCAGAAAAGUCAUAACCCCUUCAAAGAGGAACUAUAAUGACUGUAUCCAGGGAGCCCUCUUUCAUCAAGAUGUAAAUGUAGCGUGGAAUUUGUAUCAGGAAUUGUUAGGUCAUGAUAUUGUUCCUAUGUUGGAAACUUUAAAAGCCUUUUUCGAUUUUGGGAAAGACAUAAAAGAUGUUCAGUAUUCAAACAAACUGCAAGACAUUCUUUUGUAUCUAAGAAAUAAUCAGCUAUAUCCUGGGGAAUCAUUUGCACACAGUAUAAAAACAUGGUUUGAGAGUGUUCCUGGAGAACAAUGGAAAGGACAGUUCACCACAAUCCAGCAAAGUGGUCAGUGUUUGGGCUGUGGAAGAACCCUAGAGUCUAUUCACCUGAGUUCAGAAGAAUAUGAAUUUCUCAAGGGAAAAAUCAUGAAGGAUGUGAUAGAUGGAGGUGACCAAUACAAAAAGACAACACCCCAGGAACUUAGGAGAUUUCAGAACUUUGUAAAAUGCUGUCCUCCUUUUGAUAUUGUCAUCGAUGGGCUCAAUGUUGCCAAAAUGUUUCCUAAAGCUCGUGAGUCUCAAGUUCUCUUGGAUGUGGUUUCUCAACUAGCCAAGCGGAAUCUUCACGUGCUGGUCCUGGGCCGGAAGCACAUGCUGACGCAGAAUUCCCGGUGGAGAAAGGAUGACAUGGAAAAGGUGCAGAAGCAUGCCAGCUGUUUUUUCGCUGACAACAUCUCAGAGGACGAUCCGUACCUUCUGUAUGCCACACUGCACUCCGGGAACCACUGCAAGUUCAUCACAAAUGAUCUGAUGCGGGACCACAAGGCCUGUCUGCCUGAUGCCAGGACCCAACACCUGUUCUUUAAGUGGCAGCAGGCACAUCAGCUGGCAAUUACUAGUAGGCAUCCAGGAUCAAAAAUAAUUUUUCAGCAUAUUCUCAACUAUGACACAGUGGUGCAAACAACUGGAGACUCAUGGCACAUACCAUAUGAUGAAGAGCUGGUGGAAAGAUAUUCCUACGAAGUACCAACCAGAUGGCUUUGCCUUCACCGAAAGACAUAAAGACUCUUACUUCCAUGCUAAAGUUGUGUUUGGGGGUGCCCUCCUGGUUGGCAUUGGAGCUCUUAAGUUGAUGGCUUGUUUAGAGCAUUGCUUCUGUCCUGUCUGAUGCAGUUUGUCCUCUUUGAUCCAGUUGGUUUGUAUAUCAACAAAUUUAUUUUUAAUUAAAUGAGUUAUAAUAUCGUCUCAUAA